UCUCCAACUCCUUUGCUCUCCGAGCUCUUUGCCUCUAUCAGAACAAAAACUACCAAACCCUCAUUACAACUAUUGGUGUUGGAUAAAACCCUCUGCUCAUCCCAUUAUCAUUUCCAACUCUCCUUCUACUCAAAACGCGAGACCUAAACCCCAACUCCAUGUCAAGUAGCAAUUAAUUUCACUCCGCCUAAUUUGGUGUUCGAUCAUAUAUGGACUUUCUGAAGGAGCUGGAAGGCAAACGAGUGCAUGAUCCUUUGAUUCAUUUCCAAUCCAAAACAGACAUGGCAGCUGCUAAAUCGACAAGGAGUAUAUGGGUCCCGGGGCCAGUGAUAGUGGGAGCAGGUCCUUCCGGCUUAGCUGCCGCGGCUUGUCUCAAGGAAAAAGGUAUUCCGAGCUUAAUCCUAGAAAGGACCAACUGCAUAGCUUCGUUGUGGCAGCUUAAGACCUACGACCGUCUCCGUCUUCAUCUCCCAAAACAGUUCUGCGAGCUCAUACUCAUGCCAUUCCCUGCAGAUUUCCCAACCUACCCAACCAAGAAGCAGUUCGUGAAUUACUUAAACGAUUAUGCCGAGCGCUUUGAUCUAAAGCCGGCUUUCAACACGACGGUGGUGAGUGCCAAGUACGAUAGUCGUUGCGGGCUUUGGUUGGUUAAGACUUUGGGGUUGAAAAAUGAGGAGGCGAUUGAGUAUGUUUGUCAGUGGCUGAUCGUCGCCACUGGAGAAAAUGCCCAGGAGGUUGUGCCGGAGUUUGAAGGAGUGAGGGACUUUGGUGGGCCCAUUGUCCAUACCAGCUCUUACAAGAGCGGCGAGCGCUUCGGGGGGCAGAAGGUCCUAGUGGUCGGAUGUGGGAAUUCAGGCAUGGAGGUUUGCUUGGAUCUCUGCGAUUAUAAUGCAAAGCCUUCCCUUGUGGUUAAAAAUUCGGUGCACAUCUUGCCGCAAGAGAUACUGGGAAUAUCGACUUUUGGGCUGUCGAUGUGGUUGCUCAAGUGGUUUCCCAUGCGCCUUGUGGAUCGCUUCUUGCUUCUCGUCUCACGCGUUAUGCUGGGCGACACCGCUCGCUUUGGAAUCAGCCGCCCUCACCGUGGCCCUCUCGAACUCAAGUCCAUCUCUGGCAAGACACCUGUGCUCGAUGUUGGCACCCUCGCUAAGAUCAGAAGUGGUCACAUCAAGGUGUGCAAGGCAAUAAAGCAAGUAAAACAUCAAUCAGUAGAGUUUAUAGACGGGAAAGUGGAGUGUUUCGACGCCAUUAUUUUGGCAACCGGUUACAGAAGUAAUGUGAUGUCUUGGUUGAAGGAAACGAGCAUGUUUAGUGAAAAAGAUGGAUUGCCGCGGAAGGCAUUUCCGAACGGAUGGAAAGGGGAGAGCGGGUUGUAUUCGGUGGGGUUUACACAGCGUGGGCUGUUAGGCGCUUCUCUGGACGCAAAGAGAAUUGCAGAAGAUAUUGAGCAUCGCUGGAAAGCUGAUAACGCCACCCAUCUCAUGCCCCGCUUGGUCACUUGUGCUUGUGCUUCUCCACUAGCAGAACCCUAGCUCGCUCCCCCUUCAAAGAAUUUAGGGAUAUAUCGAUGUGCUAAAUGAAGAUUAAAGAAACAUGUUAAUUAAGGUCCCUGUAAAGCUAAGAAGGGAAAAAAAAAAAAAAAAAGUUGUGGGUCAUUUCUAAUCAUGAAAGUGAAGUACUUAGGGAGGUCGGAAUUUAGAAAAGUUUAGUACUUCUUUUGGGGCGACGGGGUAGUUCUCAAUGGAGCUAUAUCUUGUAAAUUGCUACUCUUUUGCUUUAGCUAGCUGGCUAGGAUCGAUGAACAUAUUAGGCUUGCGGGUGUUGAGAUUUGAUUACUUUUGUAUCUGGUUUAAGAUGGUGUGUAUGAAGUAUAAAGUAUAUAUCUGCAUUUUCAUUGGAAUCGUGAUAUUUUGGUGUAUUUAUAGAGAAUAUGACCGAUAUUUCGUCAAUGUUUUGAAAUAUGCCA